AUGUCAGAUCUAGAUAAAGAGAACUUGAAACAAGAGACUACUCGUCUCGUCAAUGACUCCGGCAAUCAUGAUACUAGCUAAGGCUAGCUUGCUGCUAAAAAGAAAAAGAAGAAGAUUUUAUUCGGAGCGAUUGGAAUCUUAGUUUUAAUAGGAGUAAUUUUGGCUAUUGUGCUCCCACUUACCUUGAAGAAAGACGACAAUGGAGGUGGCGGAGGCGGCGGUGGCGGCGGCGGUGGUGGCGGCGGCAACGUCAUUGACCACCAAGAAUUCAACGACUACGCUGUUGACAAAAACUCCUUCACCCAGAGUGUCUGGAAAUCUGCUUUUAAACUUACAUUCAAACCACCUACUACUCUUUCUUAACAAAAAGGCUAAUCAUUCAUGAAAAUCCAAGAUACAGAGCACAAGAAUACCGACUACAAGCCAGUAGAUCCAUCACUAAUUCCAAGAAAUGCCAAAAACAGCAAUGCCUCUGUGUCAGUCGACAUUAACUUCGACAUGGUUGAUAACUACAACCUCAGAAUCUUCGCCAGAGACUCAGUUGUGGGAGACAAGGCAGCUGUCUCAGAGAGCCUUUUCCCUAGACCAGUACUAUCCUGGGAGUCUAGACUAACUUAAGUUAACUUCACUGUCAAGAAUGAAACCUUUGAAUGGUCUAUUGGCAAUAUUUACUCUAAGAACUAAAUCCUGAGCACUGAAAAGAGAAAGCUAUUUUUCUCAGAUAAGUACUCAGAGAUGGGAUUCAUUCUACCUUCAAAGAGAUGUUAUGGACUUGGGCAGAGAAAUAACUAAUUCCAGAUUGGCUAUGGUACUUACACACUCCAUGCCAGAUACAGAGAUGAAGGUUUACCAGUUGACGAUGGACUUGGAGGUAAAGGUGGAAACCACAUUCACCCAUUCAUCAUGUGCUAGACUAAGGAUAAGGACUUUAUGGGAAUGUACUUUGUAGGCUCAAAUCCUUAACAAUUCGAGGUACUCUAUACUGAUCAAGAUGAAAGAAUGAUCCUUAACUACAUUACUAUUGGAGGACCAAUUGAAAUCUACACUAUCAUGAGAGGAAAAGUUGAAGACAUUAUAACUAAGUAUCACGGCAUGAUUGGUUAUUCCAUGAUGCCUCCCUACUAUGCACUUGGAUUUUUCUAAGGCUCAAACACCUACAAGACUCUUGCCCAGGUUCAAAAGACCUUCGGCAGUUUCUCAGAUAUGGGUGUGGCUCUUGAGGGUGUCUAUGCCAGUAACUACAAUUAACAACCUCAUCAGACUUUCACCGUGAGCUCAGAUAACUUCAAGGGAUUCGCAGACUACUACAACACAAUUAAGUCCUAAAAUUAACAUAUGAUUCUAGGAGUCAGUUUAGCCAUCUAGAACAACUAUGACAUCUAUCAACUUGCUAUUCAAAACAAAUGCGUCCUUGACAGCUUUGUAUUUGCAAAGAAGGAGGUCAUGGGUAUUCUCGAUCAAACUCAGGUCUUCUAUAUUGACCCAACUCAUGAUGGCACUCUUCCCUUCUUCUAACAGACCCUCCCCACUUUCAAUCAACUCAUUAAAGGAUUUGAAGGCCUUUAUAUUUAGGACUCUCACCUCCCAAAUCACAUCUCAGGCGAAGGCUAUUAAGGACCUGCUCCCUCUUAGGAGAAAGAAGCUAAAGCUUUUAAAUAAAGAAGAAAUCUUGCAGAUGAUGAUGCCUCAGAGGAGACCCUUGGAGGAUACCAGCCUUAUCAAAUUAACACUACUCAGAAUGAUUACAGCACCUACUAUCUUCCAUACAUUCCAACUGAGGAUAACUUAGACACUAACACUGUUUCAAUGAAUGCAACUCACAAACUUGACAAGUUAGCUAGAUCAGACUUGAGUGUCCAUAACGUUAAUGGCCACAGUGCCCUGCUAAAGAUGUACCAAGCAAUUAUGGGGGAUUAGACUCUUAAUAAGAACAAGCCAUUCCUCUUGACUGAGUCAACUUAUCCAGGUUCAGGACAAUAUGGAGCUGGAGUUAUCACUGAUUAACAUAGAACUUGGGAAAACCUUAAGAACACUAUCUCUCAAGCUAUGGCACUCAGUCUCUAUGGAGUUGGUAACACUGUUGUCGACUCUUGUGGUUCAUUAGGUGCUCUUGACCAAGAACUCUGUGCUAGAUGGAUGCAAAUGGCUGCCUUCAUGCCACUUGUAAGAAACUACUAUAAUGAAACUUAUACUGAUUCAACUUCUGGUAAGAAAAUGACUACUGGUCCAUCAGAGCCAUGGUUCAUGAAUAUCGACUAGGACUAUGACUGGUAAAUAGCCUAUACCUCAGCCAUCGCAAAUCAUAUGGUGCUGCUGUCGUGA